UACGUGGCGUUGUGUCCUUGUUUUUAUACACAUUGAUGACUGUAACGUGUUCUCGAGUUACUAACUAUGGUGCUGUAUAAUGAAUUCAGAUUUUUCCUCAUGAUAGUUUUUCUUUUAAUGAUAUAUGUAUCACAGACAUCUGCUUUAUAUUUUCAUAUUUCUGAAACCGAAAGAAAAUGCUUUAUUGAGGAAAUUCCAGAUGAAACACUCGUCGUAGGAAAUUACAAAUGUGAAUUGCAUGAUCCCAAAACAGGAGGAUUUAUGCCAUCUAGUCCUGGGAUUGGAAUGCAUGUUGAAAUUAGAGACCCAGAUGAAAAGCUAAUCCUUUCUAAAGUUUAUAGUUCUGAAGGCAAAUUUUCUUUCACUUCUAGUAUACCUGGAGAACAUGUUAUAUGCCUUUAUUCAAACACAACAAAGUGGUUUAGUGGUAGCCAGUUGAGAGUUCAUUUGGAUAUUCAAGUUGGAGAACAUGCAGUUGAUUAUGGCAAUGUGGCUCAGAAAGAAAAGCUAACUGAAUUACAACUUCGAGUUCGUCAAUUAUUAGACCAAGUGGAACAAAUAAGUAAAGAGCAGAAUUACCAAAGGUAUCGAGAAGAACGAUUCCGUCAAACAAGUGAAAGUACAAAUCAAAGAGUUUUAUGGUGGUCUCUUGUACAAACUGGAAUAUUGCUUUUAAUGGGCUUCUGGCAAAUGAGGCAUUUGAAAAGCUUCUUUCAAGCUAAGAAACUGGUGUAAAUUAAUGUACUGUUUUUUGGCAUUCUACAUAAUUUGUCACAAAAUGCUGAUACAAAAGUAUUCAUAAUCAUAUUAAAUAAAACAUUCGUAAAUAAAAAAAUUUGUGCAUUUUUAUCUUUUGUAUUAAAUUUGGAAUAAAUAAUAUAGUAUAUUGCCAUUAGACAGCAUUAUUUCAUCAAUUUGGGGGGAAGAUGUGAAGCAGUAAGCUUACAAUAAUGAUGUAAAAUUUCAGAUACUUAGAAUAUUAUUAUAAUUUAUGUGCAAAGGUAAAAUAAAAUAUUUUCUAGAAUGAACAUUUUAGUUCAAAUCAAAGAAACUUUUUUGCAACAGUAAAUAACAUUAAUUUGAUGUUGUCUACAUGUAUGUAUAUUUUAUAGAAGUGUUUUGAAAUAAAUUUUAUGAUUUUUUUUCUUUUUUAAUUUGUUUGUUGAAUUCUAUAUUUUAUGUUACUGUAAAUAAUGUAUUGCUUUUGCAUUUGAAAUUAAUAAUUUUUAAUAGUAUAAUUUUUUAUGUUUUAUUGUCAAAGAAGCUUGCACUUUACUAUUUAAAAGAGAAAAAUCUGUAACUUUUCCCUGUAAAUGAAUUUAUAUAUGUGGAACAGAAUUAUUUUAAAAUUCUUAUAACAACUUAAUUUAUUAUUAUUAUUAUUAUUAUUAUUGAAAGUAACAACAGAGAAGCCUUAGUAGCAUUUACUGAUCUGAUAAUUUUUAAUUUUGCUGUUCUUAUGUUUCCAUUGAUUAUGUGAUUACUUUGAUAUAAAACUAUGUGAGUUUUUGGAAGAUAAGUAAAUUAUUUGUUAACAUGGAAUGUGUUAAUUUAUUCAUCUAACAUGGUUACAGACUUUUAAAAACAAUAAUUUCAUUAAUCAAUUUAUCAAAAAAAAAUUUAACUGGCUUUAAGAUGGUUUAUGAUAUGAAUAGUUUUUUUAUACUUUUAAUGUUAAGAUUUGAAAGAAAGUAGGGAUGGGACAUUCAAAUCCAGUAGAUCCUUAAAAGAUUGAACAUUUUAAUACUAAUCUAAACACUGUUAAGUAUUUUAACUCAAAAUUUGAAAGUAUUCCUUUUAUUGAUAAUUAAUGCUUCCAUUAAUUAAAAAAAGAAUGAAAUAUGUGCAUUUUUUUGUAGUAAUUUAGUAUCAUAUCAUAGAGGAUUUGAUUGAAAAACUAUUUUAUUAUUCUAUAUAGUAAAAUCUAUUGGAAUUUUUAAGUAAUCGGUGUGUUCUCUUAAAAAAAUUAACCCUAAAAUUUUCUGAAUGUGGAUAAUCUGUUGGUAAAAAAAUCUUGAAUAUUUCUAGUUAUGUUUUUUAUUAUACAAAUGCUUGAUUUUGCGCACCUCUAGUUGUCUGUUAAUUGGAAUGGGUUGACAUCUUAGUUGAAUUCUUUAAUAACAGCUGUUUAGUAUUUUAUUGUUAAACAAAACUUGAAAUGUAACCAAAAUACUUUCUGUUAAAUUUUCUUAAAUAAAUAAAAAUAAACGAAGAUUCAGAAGUUUUAA